UGCCUGAUAUAUUACCAGGAUAGCUUAAAUCUACAGACGGUGUUAGAUCCUACUGUAUAUGGUUACGGAAGCACACAAAGUGCAGGAGUUUUGAAGUUUAAGUAUUGCGCUUCUGGUUUUUAUUUAAUGAGGCCAUUGUCAACAAGCUGAAAAAGUCCGCAUUAAGAUCCCUAGGAAUUGCAUAUCCGGAUUAGGAUUAGACUUGAAACUUAACUAUGAGUAGCAUCAAAAUUCCAGAAUCCCAGCUAGGCUCCAAUGUUGCAACUACUGUUCCAUUGCUAGGAUUUGGAACUGCUGCAUAUCCUCUAGCUGCUUCGGAAACCAUGAAAGACUCCUUUUUGAGUGCCAUCGAAGUUGGUUAUAGACAUUUUGAUACUGCGUCGCUGUAUAAUUCAGAGAAGUGUCUUGGUGAAGCAGUUGCUGAAGCUGUAAGAAGUGGAACCAUUAAAUCUAGGGACGAGGUGUUUAUCACGUCCAAGCUCUGGUGUUCUGAUGCACAUCCAGAUCUUGUGCUGGCUGCAUUGCACAAUACUCUUAGGAACCUUGGACUUGAGUAUCUUGACCUCUACCUCAUUCAUUAUCCAGUAAGCAUUAGGCCCGGAAGUGUCCUGUUUCCUUUUCCCGAGGAAGAUAUACUGCCCAUGGAUUUUAAGCAUGUCUGGGAAGCCAUGGAGGAGUGUCAGAUACGCGGUCUCACCAAAAAUAUAGGAGUAAGCAAUUUCUCCUGCAAGAAGCUUGAAGUUAUACUUUCCUCAGCAAAGAUACCUCCAUCUGUGAAUCAAGUGGAGAUGAACCCUCUGUGGCAACAGAAGAAGCUAAGGGAGUUUUGCAAGGAAAAGAACAUACAUGUCACAGCAUACUCCCCUCUCGGUGCCAAAGGGACAAUCUGGGGAACUAAUAAAGUCAUGGACUCUGAGAUGCUCCAAGAAAUUGCAGUGGCCAAAGGAAAGAGUCUUCCCCAGAUAUGCUUAAGAUGGGCUUAUGAGCAAGGGGUCAGUGUCCUCGUAAAGAGCUUCAAUAAGGAGCGGAUGAAAGAAAACAUGGACAUAUUUGAUUGGCAGCUUAGUCCUGAAGAACUUGAAAAAAUCAAUCAAAUUCCUCAGGAGAAAGGGAACCCUGCACUCUUCUUUACCUCCGACAGAGGACCUUUUAAAUCUUCCAUCGACCUCUGGGAUGAAGAUAUUAACUAGAGUGCUUCAUCAUGAAUAGCAAAACCUUAUCAGCAAUACAUUUUCUUGUGUGUGUGACAGACUCAAUUGAUUGUAACACCUUCCUCUGUUAUAUUUAUUAAGUGGAUAUAUAUUAGACUCACUUAUUCACAUAUAAAAGCUACCUAAAAAAAUUUACAGAGUUCUGAACUAUAAAAUUCCUUACAAAUUUGGGUGAAGCUCUAAGCAUAGGAAUAUUGUUGUCUUUGUCAACUGUACAC